AUGUCGCUGCCCACAGCGGCACUGGCACCUGCUGUGACCGCAGCAACGACUGCCAGGCACCGCGACCUGCAGCCCGCGCGGCGCCGCUCCCCGGCCGCCUUCCCGUCUGCCGCGGCGGCGGCAGCACCCAGCGGCGCGCCCCCUCCAGCCGCAGCCGCAGGCGCCGCGGGCCACAGAGCCCCCGGCAGGCAGCCCUACGCGCCGUUCUCGGUUGAAGCAGCCGCCAACGGCGGCGGCGGCGGCGGUAAGCGCAGCCCUUCCAGCGCUCCGGCCUCCUCUGGCGUGGUCACCCUAGAAGACGCAGUCAGCUCCAUCCCCGCCACCCUCCAGCGCCUGGUGGAUAAGGUGGUGAGGCCCCGCAAGGAGAAGCAGGACAGCGAGAAGGAGGAGCACCCAGACGCGGCGGCGCUGCUGGCGGCAAGCUCCAGCGAGCUCGCGCUCCUCGGCCCCGGCGGCGGCGGCGGCGGCGGCGGCGCCCCUUCAGCGUUAACGCUCGCCAACGGCAGCGGCGACUGGCACGCAGAGGCGGGAGGAGAGGGAGACGAGCAGGCGCACCCGCACGGCGCGGCGCGGCGCGUGGCCUUUGAGACGGUAGUGGCGGUGGACGACGGCGGUACCGUACCGCUCCGUACCGAGUCGGCCAACGACAGGUCCCACUUCGUGCGCGGCGUGGGGCCCGUGGAAAGAAAGAUGGACGGCUUGAAGCAGUACCAGGCGCCCUGGGGCUACCAGCUGCUCGAGCGGCUCACCCCGCGCGGCAGAGGCUUCUCCCUGCAGGCAGCCGCGCUGGGCAGCCGCGGCGACGGCGUUCUGGAAGCAGAGGUGGACCUGGAGGGCGGCUGGUCCAAGGGCGGCGCCGUGGGCGGCGGCUGGGCGCCCUUCAACCACCAGCGCGACGGCAAGGCGCUGCUGGGGCAGUUGGAUCUGGCCUUCCUGGGGGCGUACGCAUUCGGCAUGUUUGUGAGCGGGCACCUGGGCGACCGGGUGGACCUGCGUCACUUCCUGACUGGCGGCAUGCUGGGCAGCGGCGCGUGCGUGGCGCUGUUUUGGCGCCGCCUACUUCUGGAACAUCCACUCCAUGCCCUACUUCAUAGCGGUGCAGGCCUGCUGCAGGCCACGGGCUGGCCCAGCGUGGUCAGCGUGAUGGCCAACUGGUUUGGAAAGGGCAAGCGCGGGCUCAUCAUGGGCGUGUGGAACGCGCACACCUCUGCCGGCAACAUCGUGGGCAGCCUGAUUGCCGCCUACAUGCUCAAGUACGGCUGGGGCUGGUCCUUCGUGCUGCCGGGGGCCUUCAUCGCCGGCUGCGGCCUGGUCGUCUUCUCCUUCCUGGUGGUGGAGCCUCAGGACAUCGGCUUCCUGCCGCAGUCGGGGUCGGUGAUCGGCUCAGAGGCCGGCUCCGAGCCGCUGACGCCGCGCAGCGAGGCGAGCGACGUGAGCGCGAUGAGCGCCGAGGCUCGCGCCUACCUGGAGCGACACCUGGCGAACAUCGCGCGCGGCAGGGGCGGCCUGGUGCCCGCCCACGUCCAGGCGCAGAUGGCCGAGCACCACACCAUCCACGGCGGGCACGGCAAGCACGGCGUGUGGGGCAUGGGGUCCACCCUGGUCAUGCACAACAAGCGGCGGGACAGCGUGGAGGGCAGCGAGGCAGACCUCCUGCUGGGAGGCUCACCGCGCUCGGACCGCACGUUCAUGUCCACGCGCGACAAGGCGGGCGUCUCGUUUGUGGCUGCCUGGCUGAUCCCUGGAGUGGCGGUGUUUGCGAUGACCCUGUUCUUCGCCAAGCUGGUCGCCUACACCUUCCUCUACUGGCUGCCCUACUACAUCUCCACCACCGCGGUCGGCGGCAGGGCCCUCACACCCUCGGAGGCGGGCAACCUGUCCAUCCUGUUUGAUGUGGGGGGCGUGCUGGGGGGCACUAUCGCCGGCUGGCUGUCAGACGCCAGCGGCGCCUCCGCCCUCGUCUCCUUUGUCUUUGUCUUCUCCGCCAUCCCUUUCCUCUACAUGUACCGCGUGUUUGGGGAGGUGUCCUUUGCGGAGCUGCCCGGCGGCUUCGACAAUGUGUUUUACAUGCUGUACAGCGCGGCCGCGGCGGCAGGCCUGCUGCUGACGGGGCUGGUGUGGAAGGAGGUGGGUGACCUCCUGCGGCGCAGGGGGCGAGCCGGGGAGGCGGGCGGCACGGGCAGGGCGGGCGGCACGGGCAGCGCGGGCGGCGCCGGCGCCGGCGCCGCCGACCACCUGCUCACCACGGGCGACACAAACGUGUCUGAUGCCUUCUCCUUCCUGCCGCCGGGCGUGCCCUCAGAUGCACCAGGCGCCGGCGCCACCAUCGACAAUGAGACAGGUGUGAUGGCAUUCUCCCACCGCCGCAACCUGCAGCUGCUGCGCUACGACUCCCUGUGGGCGGUCAUGUGGAUGCUGUUCCAAGCCGCGGGAGUGAGCAAGCUGCAGUUCCGGGUGCAGGCGCCGCGGCAGCCGCAGCGCACGGCUGCCUUGCCGCCGCCGGGCUGCGCCGCCAUCGCCACAUUGAGAGACACCACAGGCACUCCUCGCUGCGCCGUGCCGCUGAAGGUCAGCUCGCUGGCCAGGCUGGGUGGCGCCUUAGAUAGCCUGCUGGCCUGA